AUGAGAAUCAACGCAGAGGAUAAGCAUUCCUAUCAACAUGUCGUUGUCCGCGGUCUGCCAUACGACCGGGGCUUAUCGCAUGGUCAACAAGCCAAAGACAAGGUCCAAGCCAAUGUUGAAUACUACAAACAACCGGGAAAGCUAGCUGAGCGCGAUGUGAUGCACAUGAUCAUUAAGAAUCUUUAUAUCCCGAAUAUCGAAGCACAUUAUCCCGCUGGCCUGGAAGAAAUGAAGGGCAUCGCAGACGGAGCUUCCGUUUCUCUGGAAGACAUCGUUCUUCUAAACGCGCGAUACGACCUUGCCCGACUCAACAGGCCCGCCGAGGACGUGAAAGGUACCUUGAAUUCGAACGGACAUACACUGUACAGAGAGUAUGAGCAGGCAAAUGAAUGCACAAGCUCAUUCUUCCUCAAAGAGACCACUGCAUCUGGCGAUGUCUUGAACGCUCAAAAUUGGGAUAUGUCCGCACGUCUUUGGCUGACGGACGCCAUUAUCUACCUUGAGGUCCAUCCGGAUCCGUCAGAGGGUAAGCCAUCGCUCUUUUUGGUGACCGAGGCUGGUCAGCUUGGUCGCUCCGGUAUGAACUCUCUUGGCAUUGGAGUUACUGCCAAUUCUCUCAUGUCGACCGAGGAUUAUUCGCCAGACCAAAAAGCCGACGACAAGGCAGUCAUGCCGAUUUCUCUUCUCCGCCGCAUGGUAUUGGAAUGCAGUCACAUUUCAGAGGCGUUCACUGCCAUACAGCAAUUUCCGCGCCACGUCUCAAACAACCUCACGCUUGCUACAGCUGAGGGAUUUGGCAUGUGUUUAGAGAUCACGCCAAGCAGAGUCUACAAGGUGUACUGUGAUAUCGACGAUAGCUACUUGAUUCAUACGAACCACUUCACAGAAAAGUCAUUCCUUUCUCGCGAUGAUGUCUAUGACAGAUAUCCUGGUGGUAGCAGUUGGUUCCGUCGACAGCGCCUAGAACAAGGAGUUCGACCGUACACAAAGGGUCUGUUGACUACUGAGCAGCUUAUAAAGGCAUUUUCGGACCACUUGAGUUAUCCUGAAGCCUUGUGCUGUCAUCCAGACAAGGAUCUGCUUGACAGAGUGAUUGGGGAUCUUCCUGGUUAUCCAUUCAGAGGAACGACUGCCACCGUCACUUGUGUCAUUUACAAUCUCUCUCAACGCACUAUCACGACCUGCAAAGGCCCUCCCUGUCAGGGUCAUUUCAAAACAUUUAGCCUUGGUGGCCCAAGGAACUCGAUCGGUUUUGAACGGAAGAAAUAUGGAGAAGGAAUUGAGCGACCAGAAGUGCCAUGA